AGGAAGUGAAGAGGAAGCAUAGCGCUAUUCUUGCUUCGCCCAACCCAGAUGAGAAAGUUGCAAUCACAAAAAAGCUUAGAAGAAAGAGGACCUAAAUAUGAGAUAAAGAACACCUCAGCUCAAGAAGAGAUUGGCCCACUGAAAAGUCCCUGGAGAUGAGAGUGAUUGGGCAGCUCUGCAUGCAUUGGUCUAUGUUAAAGAGAACGAAGAAGCAAAGCGGGCCAGAUGGCUCAGUUUGUUUCUCUUACUUACCUCAAUCAGUGGAUGGGAAAACCCACCAGUGUCUCCUGCAAGUUCCUGGGUCAGAAGUGAUUUGGAAUAGACUCACUGGAAGCCUUGGUUUGAAGAAUGUCUUGCUUCCCAGGUUUUGGGACAAGGCCCACCUGAGAGCAGUAGCAGCCAUCAAAGUGUCAGCAUAUGAUAAUGAAACGAAGGAGGAACUGGAAGAGUUAAUGUCCGACAUAAAAAAGACAGCGAACAAAGUGCGCUCCAAGCUAAAGAGUAUUGAACAGAGUAUUGAACAAGAGGAAGGACUGAAUAGGUCAUCUGCUGACCUGAGGAUAAGGAAAACUCAGCACUCAACACUGUCACGCAAGUUUGUGGAAGUGAUGUCUGAGUACAAUGCCACGCAGACCGACUACAGGGAGCGCUGCAAAGGGAGGAUUCAAAGGCAGCUGGAAAUCACUGGCAGGACCACCACCAGUGAGGAGCUGGAGGACAUGCUGGAGAGCGGGAACCCAGCCAUCUUCUCUUCUGGGAUCAUUAUGGAUUCAAACAUCACCAAGCAGGCACUGAACGAGAUUGAGACACGGCACAGUGAGAUCAUCAAAUUGGAGAACAGCAUCCGAGAGCUGCAUGACAUGUUUAUGGACAUGGCCAUGCUGGUGGAGAGCCAGGGUGAGAUGAUCGACCGCAUCGAGUACAAUGUGGAGCAUUCUGUGGACUACGUGGAGCGGGCCGUGUCUGACACCAAAAAAGCAGUGAAGUACCAGAGCAAAGCCAGGCGGAAGAAGAUCAUGAUCAUUAUCUGCUGUGUGAUCCUGGGUAUCGUCAUCGCCUCCACCUUUGGCGGCAUUUUCGGCUAGACUCUCCCCACGGGACUUUGUGUGCGAUGGACGGAGCCGUGCGUGCUGCAGGGCCGCAGCCGAGCCGGAGCCGAACCACGCAGCCCCGGAGCCUCCCAGCAGCAUUUCAGUUUCUAAUGCAUGGUUGUUUGUGACGCUGUGUGUGCGGUGCGGUGCGUCUGUGUGGAGGGAGCGCCAGCCCCGGGGCACAGGUAGGGUGCAGGGGUCUGUGAUGAGUGCAAGGGGGACCACGGGGGCAACCCGAGCUCGCAUCACUGCUCCAGCCUGGGUGGCUGGCUGGGACCAGGGUGAGAACUGGUCCUCUUGGGCACUGCUGCUCCUCCUGUGCUGGGCAGUGUGACUGUGUCAGCCACGGCCAAGGGCAGGAAGGGUGUUAUGGGGUCCUUGGGAGUGCAGUGCCCAGCCAACCUCCCCCUGGCUUUGCCAUUGCUCCAGGUAGAGCCCUCAUGUCUGGCAGCCUCAUGUGUGCUUGAAAGCCACCAUCCUUGGGCUGCUUCUCUCACAGGGUACUUCCCCAUGUGUGCGCUCUGCCAGGACCUGCCUGCCCUGCUCCCUCCUGCUGCUGCCCUCCCUGCUGCAGGUCCCAGCUCUGCAGCCAUGGCAGGAGCCAGUGACGGGGCUGCCCCCUCCCUAUGCAAGCCCUCAUUCUGGUGUGGAUGCCUGGGGCUGAAUGUGGUGGGAGGAAGACCACAGUGCAGCAGGAGUGGAGGGGCCCACUCCUGCUUGGGGGCCUUGUCCCAGCCUUGGCUGACGUGGGAGAAUAAGGUGCUGCUGCUUGGGACCGUAACUGCUGUUUAGGGAUGGGGCACAUGGGGGACUUGUGCAGCACUCCUGGCAGGAGCUGAGGGCAGGGAUAGUACAAAGCCAGCAGUACGUGCCAGGUGUGUCAGCCCCAGCAAGCAGUAGCCUCCUUCCUGCUACUCCCUCAGCUGGGCUCUGGCUGUCAGAGUUUGGGGCUGGCUCUGACACCCACAGACCCAUGUGGCAUUUGGCUGGGACCAGGGCUUUUCCCAGCCUAGUUCCCCAAUGCAGGCACCCAUGGGCUGGGGCUUGGAGACAGGAGCACCUUCUCUGGUCCCAAGGAUUGGCCCUUGUUGUGUCCCUCCUCCAACAAGCCAGGAACAGAAGCCCUCACCCUUCUCUUCCCAACAUCCAACCAGUUCCUGAGCAGGGCAGUGCCCAACUAUUCCCUCCAUCUCUUUGCCACCUCCUGGCAUCUGACUGCCCUUGCCUGUGCCUCCCCCUGGCACUUUGCCCUGCUGCCUGCUCUUCCCUGCAGGGGGCUCAGUGAGGAAACCACGCCCAGCUGCUGUGGGUGCCCUCCACUGUCCCUGCUUUGCUCAGCCAGAAUGUGCUGACUACUUGGAUACAGCCACUGUGGCAUGGUCUGAGCCUGCAGGCAGCUUGGAGGGGCCCUGAACUGCCUCUGUGCCAUUGUCUAGGGCUAGCGCAGGGAUCUGCCCUUGUAUUCCUAGGGCAACUCCAGUUCUCCAGCUGGCAUGCCCAUGUACGUGCCAAAGUACCACAGAGAGGUCCCGCAGCCCGGGUGAGAUGGGCACAGUGCGAUCCUAUAGCACAGUAUUUGGCCUUGCAGCCACCCGGCUUGGCUAAAGCACCUGGAGGUGGUGGUGGUAGGGAUGCCACAGAUGCUGGGUGAGCAGCAUGAGCUAGCCUAGGAGGUCAAGGGUAAGGAGGGAAAGGGGCAGGGCAGCCCACCUCCCAGCAGCCACAGCUCUUCAUGCACCUAUUCAAGCCCCACAACACAGCCCACGCAGGCAUUCAGCCACUGUUGUGGCACAUCUCUGGCUUGGACCCUCCCUGCCCUCUCCCCCCCCCCCCCCCCCCCCCGCCCCGGGCCCAACUUGAGCCACCAGCUGUGGUCACUGGAGGGCCUAAGACCGUCACCUUCUUCAGUCACAGUCCUGUGAUACAUAACGCGAGCUACAGCACUGUACCCCUGUGCACGCAAAAGGGCUUGGGGCACCAGGAAUAUUGCAAGCAGGACAGGCAGCCUCAGGCAGUCCCAUCCUAGGCAGUAGCCAGGCAUUGGCAUGGCCAUUGCUCCAUGGGGAUGUCUGGCUGCAGGCAACAGACCUGGCAGCCAUGGCUAAGGGUGCAUGGCACCUGCCCUCGUACAGCUCCUGCACCGCUGAGCUAGCGAGAGUGCUGGGCCCCCUUCUUCCAGGAAGCAAUAACACUGCUGGCAGCUCUGCUCCUGGGCAUGCAGGCAGGAAAAGCCUGUCUCAGGCACUCAUCCUGCCCUGCUGCCCACUGCUAGCAUGAGGGCCCUCCCCCCCCCCCCCAACAGCAGCAGCUUUUGUGGUGUAUGCCCUCAGACAUCAGGGCUGUGGCCCACCCCCUUCAUGGCACAAGGCCAAGAGCAGCAAUGGGAGGCCAGGGCAGGGGAGUUCUGGCACUUGCUCCUUCCUUCUCAGUACCAUCAUGUCUAGCAGCCAGCCAGUGACCAGGGGCCAAGCUGGGCCACAGUCCCCCAAUUCUGCCAGCAGCACUCUGCAUGCAGUAUGGCUGCAGGCUCUAACACAAGGGAGGUGGAUGAGCAUGCGGCUAUCACUACCCCUGUAGGCCAGCUCGCACUGUCCUCGCUGUGAGGGGAGGGUGUUUUGGUGCAAUAAUUACCCCUGCACUACGGGAAGCCCCGUUCAGUUCCUUUUUACCUGCCCAUUGCAUGUACAGACCAAAUCACCAACAAUGUGGUUGUGCUUUGGAGAAACAUUUCACUUUUUCUUUCCAGACACCCUCCCUCCCCCCCUCCGCCAGCCUCAAACAACUUGUCCUUUGGGUUACAAUGCCUCUGUUCCAAGU